UGGAUGCUGAUCGCUCUCUCUCUCUAUCUUGCUGCCCCGUGCCCUCCAUCCCUCCAGCGAUCAGACACGGACGUAGGGGAUAUCCGAGGAGUUUCGGGUCGAGGAUAGGGACACAGAUCUGCCGUAGAUGAAGGAAGUCUGAUGUAGAUGCUGAGCCAGAAGAGAGCCCAGGGAGCAGCAGCAGCAGCAGCAGCAGCAUCGGGACUGUAGAUGCCCUCUCCCCGGCUCCAGCCACAGCCCCCCCUCAGGCCUCUGCAGGAGAGGCAGAACAGAGAGGAGACAGCUCCUGUUCUGACUCAGACAGCCCUGUAGACUCCAGCUCUUGUGAGGAGCAGGAGGAGGAAGAGGAGGGGGAGGAGGAGGAGGAGGAGGGGGAGGAGGAGGAAGACCCCGCCAUGUUUUCCUCCAAAUUCCUAAGUGGAGCCAACCCCCUAAAUGCCGUGUCCUCUGCUGUGAAUAAAUUUGGAUUAUUUGGAGAUGACGGGGAAGGGGAUAAAAAUCAGAAAUCACCUUCUAAGCAAGGGGUACCGCCACCUGGAGAACAGCAACCAGGAGCAGGCCCUGGCAAAAGCCCUCAACCGCAGCAGGGACCCCAGAAAUCUGGCCAGGGCCCCUCUAUGCAAAAGAGCCAGCCUCCUCCUAAACAAGGGUCACCACAGCUGCAUGGGAAUGGACAGGCAGGACCCCCGAACAAGCCUGCCGGGCAACAAGUUGCUCAGAAGGCGGGGACACAGCCUAAGGGCCCACCACAGAACGGUUCACCUAAAUCCGGACAUCAACAAGAACCUUCAAAGGCACCAUCACAACAACAGGUUCCACCUAAGACAGGGAUGCAAAAACAAGGGCCUGCAAAGUCUGGCGCGCCAGACCCCACAAUGGCUGGGUCGCAAAGAACUGGCACACAGCAAGGGUCACCGAAAGUAGGACAGCAGCAGCAGCAGCAGCAGCAGGGGUCGCCAAGAUCUGGACAGCAACAACAGGGUUCCCCUAAAGUAGCCCAGCAACAACAGGGUUCAACAAAGCCAGGACAGCAACAGCAAGGAGUCAGGACUACACCACAGCAGCAGUAUUCGGCUAAACCCGGGCCUCAGCAGCAAGGCACUAAGGGACCUGGUACACCUGGUCUGUCUCGGACAGGGUCUUCAUCACAGGGGGCGACCAAAGCUGGAUCUCAGUCAAAAGCAGCAGCUAAGCCUCUUUGCCCUGUGUGUAAAACAACAGAACUUAAUAUGCACACCAAGGAACCACAGAACCAUAAAACAUGCACACAGUGUAAAACGGACGUUUGCAGCUUGUGUGGCUUCAGCCCUCCAGACUCUGAUGGGCGUGAGUGGCUGUGUCUUACUUGCCAGAUACAGAGAGCCCAAGGAGCUUCUGAACCAACAGGACCUUCCAUAAAAAAGCCCUCGCCCAACAAAGUUUCCCCUGCUCAAAGUCAACCAUCUCCUGCUCCAUCUGUGACAAAAGAAAUGGUGACAUCAGGUUCAUCUCAGAAAAUGCAGUCUGCUUCUGCAAAAGUGCCAUCCAAGGGUGAAGUUGCUAAAGGACUAGAGAGUCAAAAACAGGCCAGCCCAGCGUCCAUGCAGAAAAUGACACCUGAGACUGAGAGAAAAUCUGGGUCUCAAAAACCAGAGCAGACUAGUCAAACUGGACGAAAACAAAGCAGUGCAGCUCCAGCUCCCCAGCAGGAGUCAGGAGGUUUAUUUGGCUUUGGUGGCUCUAAACCUGUAGCUGCAAAGCCAGAGGAGUCAGUGACUGGAAAGAUGUUUGGUUUUGGUUCCUCAAUUUUUAGCUCUGCAUCUACCUUGAUAACCUCGGCUGUUCAGGAUGAGCCUAAAACCACACCACCAAUUUCUCCCAAAAUGCAGUCAACAAAAGAGACCAGACCAACCCCGGUACAAAAGUCAGUUCAAGACAAGAAACAAGAGCAAGUCACCGAAGGGAAAUCCAAUACAGUAGGACAGGACAAAGUGGCCAAUGCUACUAAAGAGACUCCAAAGGCAGCAGCAGCCUCCCAAAAUGUCCCUAAACCAGGCCAAGCUUGUCCAAUCUGCAAGAUGGUGCUCAAUAAGGGCUCGAAGGAUCCACCCAACUACAACACCUGCACAGAUUGUAAAAGUACGGUCUGCAACCAGUGUGGAUUUAACCCAAUGCCAAAUGUUAAAGAGGGAAAAGAGUGGCUUUGUCUCAACUGCCAGGUGAAACGGUCUACUGGCGAAAUUAAAACUCAUCAAGAGAAAUCUUUGGUUGACUCAUCAAUUAAAAAACCUACCCCAGCACAGCCUGUUCUACAGAAGACUUCUGCACCAGGCUCCCCUCAGAGAAAAGUAUCCACUCCAGCAGCACAAGUGGUAAAGGCAGAAGCUGCUAAAGGGCCAGAAAGUUUGAAACAAGCUAGCCCAGCUCCUGUUCAGAAAACACCACAAGAGAGCCGGAAGACGGCGCCUCAGAAACAACCAGACCAUCCAAGCCAAACCGGACAAAAGCAGGGAAAUGUCACUGCAGCUACCCAACAGGAGACAGGCGGGUUCUUUGGUAUUGGCAGUCCUAAAAGUCAGAGAGAUGCUGCAAAGCCUGCUGAGUCAGUGACUGGGAAAAUGUUUGGUUUUGGUUCCUCUAUCUUCAGUUCUGCAUCCACUAUGAUUUCCUCGGCAGUUCAAGAUGAGCCUAAAACAACCCCACCAAUUUCUCCUAAAAUCUCUGCUGCAAAGGACUCCAAAUCCCCCGCUACUCAGAAAUCAGAUCAAGAAAUAAAAACAGAACAACUCCACCAUACCAAGGGACCUUUACCAGCACAACCUAAAGUACAAAAACCUCUUUCAGAUCCACCGAAGAAAGAUUCAGCCUCCGCUGCAAUUUCCAUAUCAGGCCAGUCUACCUGCCCUCUUUGCAAACUGCAACUCAAUAUGGGCUCUAAAGAGCCUUCCAACUACAAAACCUGUACAGACUGCAGAAAUACUUUCUGUAACCAAUGUGGAUUUAGUCCCAUGCCAAACGUGAAGGAGGUGAAGGAGUGGUUAUGUCUUAAUUGUCAGAUGCAGAGAGCACUCGGAGCAUCUGAGCCUCCUGGAACUCCCAUGAUGAAACAACAGGCCUCACCAAACAAAGUCACAGCACCUGCCAAAGACGUACAAAAGGAGACUUGCCAACUAGAUAAAUCUGAACAGAAAGACAUUCCAACACCUUCUGGAUCUAAAAUAAAAGAGACAUCUUUGCCAGGCUCCCCUCAGAGGAAACCCGGAACACCAGCAGAGCAGUCGGUAAAACCUGAAGUCAUUAAAAGUGCUGAAAGUCAGAAACAAGUCAGCCCAGCACCUGGUCAGAAAACUAUGCAGGAGGGCCGGGUGCCAGAUCCUCCGAAACAACCAGACAAGACAAAUCCAUCUGAACGUAAGCAAAGUAAUACUGCCUCGACUAAACAAGAGGGAUCUGUAGGCUUCUUUGGAUUAAGUGGUCCUAAAGCUCAAACUGAUUCUGCAAAGCCUUCAGAAUCACUAGGUGGGAAAAUGUUUGGAUUUGGCUCCUCUAUCUUUAGUUCUGCAUCAACUAUGAUGAACUCAGCUGUCCAAGAUGAUUCCAAAAAGACACCACCUGUUUCUCCCAAGAUGCCUGGCACAAAGGCAACAAAAUCCCCUCCUGCUCAGAAACAAGAGCAGGAGAAGAAACAAGAGCAAGUGCAACAACCGAAAGCCUCUCCAUUACAACAAGCCAAGGUAGAAAAAGCUCCAUCAGAACCUCUGAAAGAUGUAGCAGCUUUCCCAUCUGUUUCCAAGGACGGCCAAACUACUUGUCCACUAUGUAAAGUGAAACUCAACAUUGGAUCCAAGGAGUCUCCCAACUACAACAAAUGCACUGAAUGCAAGAACACUGUUUGCAACCAAUGUGGAUUUAAUCCAAUGCCAAAUGUGUCAGAGGUAAAGGAAUGGCUAUGCCUCAACUGUCAGAUGCAGAGAGCUCUUAGGUCUUCUGAACUCACAGCACCUCCAAUGAAACCUCAUAAUUUAGCCAGCAAAAAAAACCCAUCUACUGCAGAUGAGAAAAUAAAUAUACCUAAUCAAAAGGAAACUCUUAAAAAGGAACAGCCAAAAUUGGAUGAACCUUUAAAAAUGGCAGCUCCAGUGGCUGAUAUGCUUCACAAGAAGGGGAAUUCUGCACCAGGGUCUCCUAAGAAAACACAGCCUUCAACAGUAUCGUUAGCAAAUAAGGCUACAAAAGGAUCAGAGGCUGACACACAGGAGAGCCCAUCUCAGAAAGCAACUUCCCAGUUAGAUGAACUGGGAAUAAAACAGAGAAAAGUCGCCCCAGAUGCAGGGCAGGAGACAGGAAGCCAACUUAGUAUUGGUGGUCCUAAAACAAAGACAGAUGGUUCAAAAACAACAGAGUCUGUGACUGGGAAGAUGUUUGGCUUUGGGUCUUCCAUUUUUAGCUCAGCAUCCACUUUGAUAUCAUCCGCGGUUCAGGACGAAUCACGCACUACACCACCAAGCCCUCGUAAGAUGUCUGCACCAGCACAUGUUUCCCGAAAGAUGUCCACUGUGCCCCAGAUUUCUCCAAAAAGUACACCGUCAGUUUCUCCCAAAAUGUCGCCAGCAAGAGAGCCAAAAUCUCCAAUUCAGAAGCCAGAGCAAGAGAAAAAACCAGUGGAAUCCGAACAGAGCAAAAAAGACAAAACUUUAUCACAGCCAUCAAAAGCAGCAACAACUACCCAAGCACACUCUAAUACAACCCAGGACAGCUGUCCCCUGUGUAAGGUUGAGCUGAACUUCGGAUCCAAGGCAUCUCCCAACUACAACAGCUGCACAGAAUGCAAGACCACUGUCUGUGUCCAGUGUGGAUUUAACCCAAUGCCUAUGGGAGAGGUCAAAGAAUGGCUAUGUCUGAACUGUCAGAUGAAAAGAGCAGUUGAAGCAUCUGAGCCUCUGGGGCAUCCCACCAUAAAGUCUCAAAAAUCACCCAGUAAAGUUCCUUCACCUGCUGCUGUCCAAUUGAAGGACAAUUCCAAACCAACUGUAACGCAAAAGACAGACAGUCCGGAUAGUGCUCAACUAAAGAAGGAGACCUCAGAACCAGUGUCAACACAGAGAAAGCAAUCUACAGCAUCAGCAACUGCUACUUUACCAGUGAAACAAGAAAGUCCAGCAACAGAUCAUAAAGUACCAGAAGAAAGAACAAAGACAGGUCCAAAGAAGCCACCAGAUCAAGAAAGCAUAGCUCAGCGCAAACACAGUAAUACCACAGCAGGGACGCAGCAAGACUCAGGAGGUCUCUUUGGCUUUGGUGGUCCUAAAACUCAACCUGAUGCUGCAAAGCCUGCAGAAUCAGUUACUGGGAAGAUGUUUGGCUUUGGGUCUUCUAUCUUCAGUUCUGCAUCUACUUUGAUGACCUCAGCAGUUGACCAGCCCAAAACUACUCCACCAGUUUCUCCCAAGAUGUCUCCUGCAAAAGAUAUGAAGUCUCAUGAUGCUCAGAAGCUUGAGCAACAGAAGAAAGCAGAGCACUCCCUGCAGACCAGUGCAACUCCACCAGGACAGGUCAAAGCUGACAAAGCCCCAUCAGCAUCUUCAAAGGCUACAGAAGCCUCCCAAGUACCUGUCAAACCAGGCCAGUCUAACUGUCCACUGUGUAAGGCUGAACUCAAUACCGGUUCCAAGGAUCUACCAAACUAUAAUACCUGCACUGAAUGCAAGAGCACUGUCUGUAACCAAUGUGGAUUCACCCCAAUGCCAACAAGAGAGGUAAAAGAGUGGCUAUGUCUGAACUGUCAGAUGAAAAGAGCAGUUGAAGCAUCUGAGCCUCUGGGGCAUCCCACCAUAAAGUCUCAAAAAUCACCCAGUAAAGUUCCUUCACCUGCUGCUGUCCAAUUGAAGGACAAUUCCAAACCAACUGUAACGCAAAAGACAGACAGUCCGGAUAGUGCUCAACUAAAGAAUGAGACCUCAGAACCAGUGUCACCACAGAGAAAGCAAUCUACAGCAUCAGCAACUGCUACUUUACCAGUGAAACAAGAAAGUCCAGCAACAGAUCAUAAAGUACCAGAAGAAAGAACAAAGACAGGUCCAAAGAAGCCACCAGAUCAAGAAAGCAUAGCUCAGCGCAAACACAGUAAUACCACAGCAGGGACGCAGCAAGACUCAGGAGGCCUCUUUGGCUUUGGUGGUCCUAAAACUCAACCUGAUGCUGCAAAGCCUGCAGAAUCAGUUACUGGGAAGAUGUUUGGCUUUGGUUCUUCUAUCUUUAGUUCUGCAUCUACUUUGAUGACCUCAGCAGUUGACCAGCCCAAAACUACUCCACCAGUUUCUCCCAAGAUGUCUCCUGCAAAAGAUAUGAAGUCUCAUGAUGCUCAGAAGCUUGAGCAACAGAAGAAAGCAGAGCACUCCCUGCAGACCAGUGCAACUCCACCAGGACAGAUCAAAGCUGACAAAGCCCCAUCAGCAUCUUCAAAGGCUACAGAAGCCUCCCAAGUACCUGCCAAACCAGGCCAGUCUAACUGUCCACUGUGUAAGGUUGAACUCAAUACCGGUUCCAAGGAUCUACCAAACUAUAAUACCUGCACUGAAUGCAAGAGCACUGUCUGUAACCAAUGUGGAUUCACCCCAAUGCCAACAAGAGAGGUAGGUUAA